AUGACGUGGAGAGGAUAUGAUGGAGACAGGAUACAGUAUUUUUCCCCCUCAAAUUAUGUGGAGGAUAUAUCAAUGAAUGCUUCUGAAACAAUUGCAAAUCAGGGGUCUGAUUCUGGGUUUGGACAUGCACUAGCUAAGCACCUGGAUGAACUGGGUGUUCAUGUCUUUGCUGGUGAGCUGGAUAAGAAAGGGCCUGGUGCUAAAGAAUUGAAAAGGGUUUAUUCAUCACAUCUUUGCCUAAUUCAACUUAAUAUCACCAAUUCAGAGGAGAUAAGGGAGGCCUACAAGGAAAUCAGCAGUUAUGUGCAGAAUGCAGGACCGUGGGGUGUUGUGCACAAUGCUGGGCUGCUUGGUUACGUGGCUGAUGGAGAAAUAAUUCCUUUCAGUGUAUAUAAGCAAUGCAUGGAUGUACAUUUCAUUGGUGCAGUUCAGGUUACAAAAGCAUUUGUUCCAUUGCUGCGGAUAGCCAAGGGAAGGCUAGUUAGUAUUUCCAGCAUGGGACAGACAAUAGACCUUACGCUGGGACUGCACUUUACUGCCGUGUGUUCUAGAGACAUUAAACCUGAUGCUGGCACUCCAUUUAUCCUUAUAUGUGUUCUGGGCAUAAACAUUACUGAGUUUCUACCUGGAGCUCAGAAGGCCAGCAGCCAGCUUAAACAGGAACAAGAGCAACAACAGGGGAUUGACAGCAAAUAA